AUGUCUCAAUUAAACGAUAUCAAGGGCCGCUUGGCCCUCAUCACGGGUGCUUCUGGCGGAAUUGGAGCAGCAUGUGCCCGCCAACUAGCCGCGAAAGGCACGCAUCUAGCAUUAACCUACAUGUCGAGCCUGGCCGGCAUCACGGCCCUUGUUGACGAGCUCACCCUACUCGACAACAGCCUGCGCAUAUCUAUCCACAAAGUCGACGUUGGCAAGGCUGAUGACAUUGAGAACAUGUUCAAGGAAAUCGACGAGAAACACGGCCAACGACCUGACAUUCUCGUCUCGAAUGCCGGCUAUGGCAAGCGUGUGCCGCAGGUGUGGGACAUCACGCUCGAGGAAUUCGAUUAUACUAUUAGUGUCAACCUCCGCGCCUCGUUCAUUCUUGUCAAAGGCGUUGUGAAUCAUAUGCGGGAUCAGAAAUGGGGUCGGAUUGUCUUUAUGUCGUCGAUUGCUGCGCAGGGUGGUGGGAUCAAUGGAUGCCACUAUGCAGCCUCGAAAGGAGGCAUGACAGGGAUGAUGCGAAAUUUGGCUACGCGACUCGCCGAGUAUAAUAUCAGUGUCAACGACGUUGCGCCUGCUAUGAUUGGGGAUACCGGGAUGAUCCCGAAUGCUGCUGCAAUCCCCGGUAUAGCGGAAGGUAUCCCAAUUGGCAGAUUGGGUUUGCCGGAAGAAGUGGCUAAUACUGUGACGAUGCUGGUUACGACGGGGUAUAUGACGGGACAGAGUCUGCUGUUGGCUGGGGGGUUGAAAUAA